AUGGCAACCCGCGAACAGCGGCUUAAAUUUAUGGCCGAGGCUCUGGAUAUGGCUGAAGAAGCACUACAGACCUCGGAGGUUCCCGUCGGCUGUGUGUUUGUGCAUAGCGGCAAGGUGGUUGGGCGGGGCAGGAACGAGACCAACGAGACCAAGAACGGCACACGUCACGCCGAGAUUGUGGCCAUCGACCGUAUGCUGGCCUCGGGAUUCCAGCUCGAAGAUUUCCAACAAACCGACCUAUACGUGACCGUUGAGCCCUGCAUAAUGUGCGCGUCUGCGCUGCGCCAGAUAAAGAUACGGUCAGUUGUGUAUGGCUGCGGCAACGACCGGUUUGGUGGCUGCGACUCUGUGCUCAAUGUCAACACAGAUGAGGGACUGGACGGCACACCCUACCCAGCCGAGGGCGGGUUUUACAAGGACGAGGCGAUUCUGAUGCUGCGGAAAUUCUAUGUCCGCGAAAACACAAAUGCUCCGCAGCCGCGCAAGAAGGCAAACCGGGUGCUCAAGACCGGCGACCUGGAUAUCGAGUCGUCCAGCUGA